AUGAAUCAGUCCAUCUCUGGGUGGUUUCGGAUGGGUGUAGACAAGAUCUUAGUUUCUUUUAUCUACGCGAAGUGUAUUAGUAUGGAACGUAGAGGUUUAUGGCAGAAUUUAGCGAGUGUGGUUGAUAAUGAAUCCCCUUGGAUUGUUGUAGGGGAUUUUAAUAUUAUUCGUGAUGAUAGUGAGAGGGUUGGUGGUAACCCACGGCCAAUUUCUUCUAUGGAUGAUUUUAAUAAUUGCCUUGACUAUUGUGGAUUAUUGGAUCUCCAGGUAGUGGGAUGUCGGCUAUCGUGGUGCAAUGGCCACGAGGGUCAAACGAGGAGUUGGGCUAGACUGGAUAGAGCCCUUGUCAAUAUCCAAUUCACCAAUCAGUAUCCUUCAGCUUUCUUUGAAUAUCUUAAAAAGAAGACUUCGGAUCACUGUCCUAUGCUCAUUUCCUUCAAAAAACAUGUGGUUAGCUAUGGGCCUCAUCCUUUUCGCUUCCAAAAUAUGUGGACUACUCAUGCGGAUUUUAAAACUUGUGUGGAAGACGUUUGGAAGGAACCUUCUCCGGCAUUGGAUCUUUUACGUUUAGCGAAAAAGCAAGAGAAAACAAAGAUAGCGCCCCGACCUUGGAAUCAACAAGUCUUUGGGCAUGUUGGGCAGAAUAUUAAAGAGUUAGAAGAGAAAUUGGAGGUUUUAGAAAGUCGUCUUCAAGGUGGCCACGAUCAGGACGUUGAAACUGAUUUUUUGGUUACUAAACUUGAAUUGGAUAUCUGGGAACAAAGGGAAGAAACCAGACUUGCUCAAUUGGCUAAAAAGAAGUGGCUUACAGAAGGGGAUUAG